UAUUUUUAUAACAGCCAAAAGACAAAUUUUUGAGGAAAAAAAAUUCUAAUAUUUUUGUCAACUAAAGAAAAGAAAAUAGAUGUUUUCCACGACUUCAAAUAGUCGUCAUGAUGGUCGGCGUCCAUGCGAGUUGUUCUUGUUCCUCGGCAGGGCGGUCAGCCGGGAGGCGGCGAGGAGACGGCGCCGGGUGGAGUCAGACAUGUUUGGAGAUUUAUCCCGCCUCCUACCCCUCCCCACCUCCGUCCUGCCUCACCUGGACAAGCCCUCUGUCAUCCGAUUGGCCGUCAGCUACAUCCGCUUGAAAGCUCUCCUCACAGGUAACCCUCUGAACGGAUUCUCCAGGUGCGUUGGAGCAAGUUCUGACCGCCACAAUCCACAGACGAGGUUUAUUUUGGACUGGCCGUCGGAGGAGGAGGAGUCGGCGUCCAUUUGGGGUAAGGAUGAGAGCGACGUCUACCUGGGGAACCUGGAGGGCUUCGUCAUGGUGCUCUCGUCUGAGGGGGACAUGAUGUUCCUGUCUGAGAACGUCAGCAAGUACCUGGGCCUGACUCAGACUGAGCUGAUGGGACACAACCUCCUUGACUUCACUCAUCCCUGUGACCAGCAAGAAGUCAGAAGUCACCUGCGUCCGUCUUCAGAAGAAUUGUGGUGGGACGCCAAGCGUGACUUUGUGAUGAGGAUUAAAAGCACUUUGAGCCUACGAGGACGGCGCACCAACAACAAGUCGGCCUCAUGGAAGGUGUUGCACUGCCAGGGCCGGACCAAGGCGAGCGUUGGCCCCGCCUCCGUCUCCUGCCUGCUGCUCACCUGUCAGCCUCUCCCCGUGUCGCACACACACCUCAGCGCGCACACCUUCAGCAGCGAGCACAGCAUGGACAUGAGGUUCACACACUGCGACCACAGAGUGAUAAGGCUUUUAGGCUACAGUCCUCACGAACUCGUGGGACGCUCCGUCUAUGACAUCUGUCACACGCUGGACACACACUCUCUGACCAAACAUCACAUCAACUUGCACCUGAAAAGCCAGUCAGUCAGCGCCAAGUACAGGAUGUUGGUAAGAAGUGGCGGGUACGUGUGGGUGGAGAGCCACAGCGCCGUUGUCCCCGGGGCCAAACCCCUCAGAUCGAGACCCUGUGCCUCUCAGCCGCUCUUCAUCAUCUGUGUCACCUACGUCCUCAGUGGCGUGGAGGAGCCAUCCCUGCAGCUCUCCUUGGACCAGAUGUUGUAUCACAGACAGUUAUCAGGCUACAGCGAGAGUGGAAAUACGUUGACGGAAGCAUCCCGGUUGACCUCUCUGUGACCUCUCUGUGCCCCCGAUUGUGCUUCCUGUGGGGUUUCCUGACACGUGGCGUGACGCCCAAGCCUCCAGCCAUUGGCUGUGCGGUAAACGUAACGCCGGGGUUUACACGCCGCGGCGAUGCGAGGAGACGCACGGCGAAGCCACAACUUCCUGAAUCGAACGCUCGGUUGGAGAGUUCUCGUGGGAACAUUUUCAACUUUUUACCUCACACACACGCACACACAUUCUUGUAUUUCUUACCUUCUUGAGACUUGAGAAAAAUGCCUAACUCUUUAGGACCGCCCUUUCUAGAGAGAUAAAGAUGUGUAUUUAUAACAUUAAUAAUAUAUAUACAUACUAUGCACAUAUUAAAAAAAGAUUGUAGUGAAAAAUUUGUUGGAA